UGUAACCAACAGUAAAAGAAAAACUGUUUAUAUUAUUAAGCACAUAGAUUAAAAAAUGCACUCAUGCACAGAUUACUCAUAAAUAAUUUGAUCACGAUGUUUAUCGGAUACAUGAGAUGCAAGACUUAUGAAUCACAUAAAGUUGAUGUAAUUACCGAAAAAAAAGAAGCAAUUCUCUCGCUGAGAUCAUUUUUGGAUUGAGAAUAAUCUCCUAUUGCGUCAAAUUUGAUAACACAUAAAUUUAUUUUCAUUAUUAAUUAGCUCAAAAUAGAGCGGCUUUUCAAUUCACAGAUGUGUGUGCAAAUAUCAUGAGAGUACUACACAUGGCAUAAAUUUCUCUCGUCUCUUUGUGCUGUGCUCGGGAGGAAACAAGUUAUUUUUCUACUGAUAUCGCAGAAUUCUAUUUAGUCACGAUUUAUUGCAUUGACAGAAAUGUCGCGAGUACGGCGAUACACUUUUGAUGGACAUCCAAUAUACUUGCUUGGUGAAAAUGGAACUGAAUUUUAUCAACAAAUAGAAAUUCAAGAUUUUUAUGCUUUAAGGCAGCAAUGCUUAGAUUCAAGCACAUUAUUCGAAGAUUCAGAAUUUCCAGCAUCAGAUCAAAGCCUGUUCUUCUCAUCCAAGUCUAAAGUGUCAUACAAGUGGCUGAGACCUGCUGAAAUAUCUGAAAAUCCUCAAUUUUUCGUCAAAGGAUAUUCUCGAUUCGAUGUUAAGCAAGGAAGCCUCAAUAAUUGCUGGUUUAUUGCAGCCGCAGCUAAUUUGACUCUUAAUCCCAAAUUAUUCUCAAGAGUUGUUUACGAUGACAAUAAUUUUGAUAAGAAUCAUUACGCUGGAAUUUUUCAUUUUUGUUUCUGGAGGUUCGGCAAAUGGAUAGACGUUGUGAUUGAUGAUCGAUUACCGACAAUAAAUGGAAAAUUAGUCUACAAUUAUUCAACAGAUGACAAUGAAUUUUGGUCAGCAUUACUUGAAAAGGCUUAUGCUAAAUUACAUGGAAGUUAUCAAGCUUUAAAUGAUGGACAUACAAGUGAAGCACUUGAAGACUUUACUGGUGGAAUUACUGAGAGAUUCAAGUUGAAAGAAGCUCCAUCAAAUCUUUAUGAUGUACUUGUUAAAGGGUUUGAAAUGAAUUCAAUGAUGGGAUGUUCUAUUGAAAAUUUCGGACAACAGACUAUUAAGAAAGAGAAGCUUGGGCUGUUUUCAGGUCAUGCAUAUUCAAUUACAAAAGUGCAGACUGUUGAAAUAUUUCAUAAUGAUCAAAUUAGAAGCUUUAACUUGUUGCGUCUGAGAAAUCCAGAGGGAAAUGAAUUAGAAUGGAACGGUCCAUGGAGUGACACAUCCCGUGAGUGGCAAUUUAUUCCUAUAGAGACAAGAGAAGAACUUGGAUUGACAUUUGAUUUCGACGGUGAAUUUUGGAUGUCGUUCCAAGAUUUUUUGAGAAAUUUUGACCAGCUAGAGAUUUGCAAUUUGUCACCAGAUUCAUUGACUAAUCAACAAAAGUCAGGUUGGAAAAAUAAUUGGAGUUUAAAUGAAUUUGAAGGUCAAUGGGUUGCUGGUGUGUCUGCAGGUGGAUGUAAGGAUUUAGAGAAGUUCUAUCGCAAUCCACAAUAUAUGAUUCAUCUUAAAAAUCCUGAUCAUGAUAGUAAGGAUGGCAGAUGUUCAGUUGUUGUCGCUUUAAUGCAGAAAAAUCGUAGAAGCCAACAGAAUAUUGGACUUAAACUAUUGACAAUUGGCUUUAGAGUGUAUGGAAUCUUUGAUAGUGAACUUAAUCAAAAACCAUUUAAAAAUGGGUUACUCAUGAAAACGUCAAACUUUAUCGACUAUCGUGAAAUAACUGAACGUUUAAGUCUCUUACCUGGACAUUAUAUAAUCAUUCCAGCAACAGUCAAACCUGACGAAGAAGGAGAAUUCUUGAUCCGUGUCUAUUCAGAAAGUGAAAGUAAAUUUGAGGAGCAUGAUGUUACAGCUGAAUCAGGCGAUGUCGAUUCCAAAAUUGUUGAUGAUCUUCCAGAUUUGAGAUCUCCAACUGAUGACUGGUUGGAACUUGAGACAUUUUUCCAUGAAGUAGCUGAUGAAAAUAAAGAAAUAGGAUGGGAAGAAUUAAUACAGCUACUGAAUAAUACAAGAAGAGACAUACCAAUAAAAGAAACUACAGAAAAUGUCAAUAAUCAGACAAUAUUAGAAGACUAUGAAAAACAGCAAAUGUAUCCAAGAAGAAAUUGUCUAAGAGCCAUCUGGGACUUUUUAACCUGUAACAAUAAGUUGCAUGAUACAACUAUUAAUGCUCCACUGAUAAAUGGAAAUAACAUUAAAAGUGACAAGAUUGCAAUGCACAAUUCACAACUGAAGAUUAAUUCGAUUCAAAUACCUAAAAGUGCUGAAUUCUCAGAAGAAGUUUGUCGUGCGAUGGUUAAAAUGCUUGAUUCUAAUCAAUCAGGAAGGCUAGGAUUAGAGGAAUUUAAAAUUCUAAUGUUUGAAAUCGCAAAAUGGAAGGCUGUCUUUAAGCUGUAUGACAAAGAUAAAAAUAACAAAUUGGACACUCAUGAGUUCCGUGAUGCUAUGGAAUCAGCUGGCUACCUUAUAAAUGCUAAAAUUCUCAUUUCACUACUUAAUCGAUAUGGAUCAGCUGAUAAAACUAUGGCUAUGGAUGUUUUCAUCAUGUGUGCUGUUAAAGUUAAGACAAUUAUUGAGCAAUUCAAAGAUAGCACUGGACAAAAGAGAGAGUCAGUAAAUGAGUUGAUUGAACAAGCUGCUUAUUAAUAGAUUCUAUGUGGGAAUCCAGGAACAAAUAUGAUCAACUACUUUUUUGGGUAUCUGAAGCUGUGUAAGACUUUAUAAUAUCAAAAAAUUGAAUGACGUCAUUCCAGAACGACCUCCUAGAUACUCCUAUAUACAUAUUAAUUUUGAUACAAUUUAAAUGCCAUUUAUAUUUUUGAAAAUAAACAUGAUAAUAAUAGCA